AUUCCAUUUUCAUGUGCAAGAGGAGUAACUGUUUAAACAGAGUAUUAUCCACGUGUACAGAUCGUCGAUGAUAUUCCCUGCCAAUCCAACGGUUCGCAGAUUCCGUAGACCAUCCGUUCCUUGUUUCAGAAAAAGAUUUCAAAGCGUCAAAUUUGUGCGUUCACUCUCCGACCCCAAUAUCUCUCUUCUUUUUUUUCACUCCUCACAUUCUUUUCCAUUCCAGAACUCGAUUUCGCUGUCAAUCACUCAAUCUGUACACAUGGCUAACAAUGAGGGACAAGGAAGUGAGAAAAGCUCUGGAAAUACUCGUGUGAGCCUCAAUGAAAGGAUCCUCAACUCAAUGUCACGAAGAGCUGUUGCUGCUCAUCCAUGGCAUGACUUGGAAAUUGGUCCAGGUGCACCUGCAGUGUUCAACUGUGUCGUUGAAAUUGGAAAAGGCAGCAAAGUGAAGUAUGAACUUGACAAGGCGAGUGGCCUAAUCAAGGUUGACCGGAUUCUCUACUCAUCUGUGGUUUACCCUCACAACUACGGUUUCAUCCCAAGAACCAUUUGUGAAGACAGUGAUCCCAUGGAUGUAUUGGUACUCAUGCAGGAACCAGUACUCCCAGGCACCUUCCUUCGUGCGCGUGCUAUUGGAUUAAUGCCUAUGAUUGACCAGGGUGAAUCUGAUGACAAAAUCAUAGCAGUAUGUGCUGAUGACCCUGAAUUUCGCCACUACACUGACAUCAAAGAACUUCCUCCUCAUCGUCUUGCUGAAAUUCGUCGUUUCUUCGAGGACUACAAGAAGAACGAGAACAAGUCAGUGAAAGUGAAUGAUUUCCUCCCAGCAAAUGAUGCAAUUGAAGCUAUCAAGUAUUCCAUGGAUCUGUACGCCUCCUAUAUUGUUGAAAGCUUGAGGCAGUAAAAAUUGGUGUUAUUUUUAUGUGAACAAGGACAAAGGUUUAAAAGGGCUAUUGUGGUCGUGGAAUAUUGCUCUACACAUUUUAACAACAGAAAGAAAACAUCUUUCUUAUUGCUGUCUCUAAA